AUGUCAUUAUCAUACCUGCAACAAGAAUCAACACCAUUAUUACCCGAUUCGAUCUGGGCAUUGAAAUGGACAUCAACCAACAAGCUUCUCUCAGGUUCAGCAGAUGGUCAUCUACGUAUAUGGGAUCCUACCGAAUCUGAAUUAUCGACAAAACCCAUAUACGAUCUCACUUCCAACCCUCUAGCUAUCUCUUCGAUAUCCGUCACGGAGGAUGGGAAGUACGCUCUGUCGACGAGUCUGGACGGGACGGUCGUGUUGGUUGAUAUUGAGAAUGGAGAGGUGGCGGGGAAGGUAGAAACAGGUAGAGAGGUCGUAGGUGAGGGUGAGAAAGAACUACCAGCAUUCACAUCGGCCAUUCACCCUCAGAAUAAAUGUUGGGCCUGGUCAGGUCGAUCAUCCAAAUUGGCUAUCCGAUCGAUCGACCAGCUUUCACCUCAAGAAGGAGAAGGGGUCAACGGUAACACUACAAGAGGUGGAUUAGGUGGGAAUGGUAAGAUUGUAGAUACUGGUAAAGGGAAAUUUGGGAUGGAUUUACAAUUUUCACCAGACGGUCAAUCCCUUGCUCUAUCGACCGAACAAGGUCAAGUGAUAGUGCUGGACGUAGAGACCAAAUCAAUAGUUGCAACUUACACAUCACAUAAUAAAGCCGUUAGGACAAUAACUUGGUCACCCGAUUCUCAGUGGCUUUAUUCCGGUUCAGACGAUCAUCUAAUAGUUCUAUACGACGUAAGAGCAGGUUCAACCUCAGGAUCAGGUGGAAAAGGUGAAGGUGCAGUGGCGAUGAUGCAGGGACAUCAAAGUUGGGUGUUGAAAGUGGAUGCUAGUCCGGAUGGUAAAUUAUUGGGUAGUGGUGGCGCAGACAGUAUGAUCAAACUUUGGGAUGUAGGCCAACGAUCCUGCGUAUCUACAUCAACAGGUACAUCCGAAAUAUGGGGCUUCGCCUGGCAACCUGCUGCUUCUGAUACUUUCGCCGCUGGUAAACAGUUUGCUGUGGCUGGUGAUGAUAAAGCUAUUACAUUAUUCAGAGCUGCUGGAUCGGUAUGA